AGGUGGGGGAGUCCGAGUGAGCCUCGGAGCGCACCCGCCGGCGCGGACGCGGGGUGGGGGGUAGACCACACCCGCCGCAGCGGGAGCCGACGCGCCGGAGGAAAAUCCUAUUGGCAUCGGGGAGGCAAGGAGCCACCCCUGGGCGCGGCCUGCAGGGGGCAGGCGAUCGACGGGGGAGCGGGAGCCCGGGCCGGGCAGAGCCGGUGUCCUCCGCAGCCGCCCGCAGCGCUGGGCCAGCGUCUCGCCGUGCGCCCCCCGCAGACAUGUGUGCCGCCCGGAUGCCGCCCCUGGCGCACGUCUUCCGAGGGACCUUCGUCCACGCCACCUGGACCUCCCCCAUGGAGGUGCUUCGGGAUCACCUCCUGGGAGUGAGCGACAGCGGCAGAAUCGCAUUUUUAGAGGACGCGUCUCAGCAAGAUAAACUCGCCAAAGAAUGGGGCUUCAAACCCUGUGAAGUGAGAGAACUGAGCCACCAUGAGUUCUUCAUCCCUGGGCUGGUAGACACACACAUCCAUGCCCCUCAGUACGUCUUUGCUGGGAGUAACGUAGACCUGCCACUUCUCGAGUGGCUGAAGAGAUACACGUUUCCCACGGAACUUAAAUUCCAGAACAUUGAGCUUGCCGAGGAAGUCUACACCAGAGUUGUUAGGAGAACAUUAAAGAAUGGAACAACCACGGCUUGCUACUUUGGAACAAUUCAUACUGAUGCGUCCCUGCUCCUUGCAGAAAUUACAGAUAAAUUUGGGCAGCGGGCAUUUGUUGGCAAAGUAUGCAUGGACAUGAACAACAGCGUUCCAGAAUACAAGGAGACCACUGAGGAGUCAGUCAGGGAAACCAAAAGGUUUGUGUCAGAAAUACUUGGAAAGAAGUACCCCAGGGUGAAGCCCAUAGUGACUCCGCGGUUUUCCCUUUCCUGCUCUGAGGCACUGAUGGGUGAACUUGGCAGCAUUGCCAAGGCCCAUGAGUUGCAUAUUCAGAGCCAUAUAAGUGAGACUCCGGAUGAAGUUGAAGCAGUGAAAAAUUUGUAUCCCAGUUAUAAGAACUACACAGAUGUCUAUGAUAAAAACAAUCUUCUGACAGAUAAGACGGUGAUGGCGCAUGGCUGCUACCUCUCUGCAGAAGAACUGGACGUGUUCCAUGAACGGGGAGCAUCCAUCUCACACUGUCCCAAUUCUAAUGUAUCGCUCAGCAGUGGCUUUCUCAAUGUGCUUGAAGUCCUGAAACAUAACGUGAAGAUAGGGCUGGGGACAGAUGUGGCUGGUGGCUACUCGUAUUCCAUGCUUGAUGCAAUCAGAAGAGCAUUGAUGGCUUCCAAAGCCCUUUUGAUUAACAAGGUAAAUGAGAAAAGCCUCACUCUCAAAGAAGUCUUCAGACUAGCUACUCUUGGAGGAAGCCAAGCCCUGGGACUGGACAAUGAGAUUGGAAACUUUGAAGUAGGAAAAGAAUUUGACGCCCUCCUGAUCAACCCCAAAGCAUCUGACUCUCCCAUUGACCUGUUUUGUGCGGAUUUUGCUUCUGAUGCUUCUGAUGCUGUUAUCCAGAAGUUCUUCUUUCUAGGAGAUGACCGAAAUAUUGAGGAGGUUUAUGUGGGCGGAAAGCAGGUGGUUCCAUUUUCUAGUUCGGUGUAAGACCCUUGGCCACCUACAAGGUUCUCCAGAGACAACCUGGCUCUGUAGCUCCCUUGGACCCAGGCAGGGUCAGAAAGUCAAAAACAGUACCUCAUUCUUGGGAUGACGGUCUCUUUCUGUGUCUAGUUACUAUAUUCACUUCGUAAAUUGUUUGAAGGAAGUGUACUUACUCUCAGCUCUGGCUGGCAGGUUCCUAAUUUGAUGAAAAUCUUUGGAGCUGUUCAGAUUUAGUUUAAGCUCAAGCAAAAGAAAAUGUUGACUAGUGGUGACUUAUGAGAACGAAGUAAAAUCUUUUGCAUAUAUGGAAAUGCAGAGAGAAAAGGUAUUCCUAUUUGGUUAGCUAUUUUGAGGUAGUAAGUAUGAAAAUUACGGGAACUGAAAAUGGACCCAAAGAUAUAUUUUUAUGAAGGAGCAAAACUUGGUGAACAAAUGUUGGAAAAUAGCUUUGGAUUGUGUUUGAAAAUUAUAUCCUGAGCAUACUGAUUUAAAAGACAACCAGCUGAUUUUAAAAUGUGUUUCUUGAUUGAUCUUGUGUUAGAAAUUUGCAUUUAAUGGAAUUUGCAUUUCAGAGACAUGUUAUUGUUGUGUUUUGCCUUCUUUCAGGGAUGAAUAUCAAAAAUUGAAAGCCACAUGCUUUUUAAAUAUAGUUCUGUGCUUUAAAAUAUUUGACAGAAGCUGAGUACUAAAGACAUAAAGUCUCUUAGAAAUACUAUUCAUAUAACCACUGGCAUAAAUUGUUGUAUUUUGUGUACUUUAAAAUCAUCUUAGUUUGUAACUAUGUGAUGUUAUAAUUGCUUCAUUUUGUUAUAAGAGAAACAGAUUGAAAACCCAUUAUUGUGCAGAUUUGCAUCUUCAUAAACUGGAGCAAGUAAGUGGGUGUCAAAGGCUCCUUUCCAAUGGCCCAUUCUACCCAACCCUCUGCUGUAGCUGCUGGAAAUUUUGUUCUCAAAAAUUAAUAUGCUAGUGCUUUCAAGUGAAGGAUAAGUUAUGUUAAAGAAAUACUAUUAAAAAUCUUUAAACUUGGUAUAUUGAAAGUGCUAUGUUUUUCAGUUGUAUUCAGUUGACUGUUUAAUUCCUUAUAAAAUUUCUGGACUUUCAGAUUGUAGUAUAAUAAAAGAUAUACAGCUAUUUCAGUUAAUGUUUAUGUUAACAGGACUUAAUCUGUUCCAGACAUCUAGGAACAUUAAACAAUGUGAUUUUACGCUUCCUAACCAAUAUAGUAUCCUUUUCCAUAACCUGGAAUUAAAAUCACAUUGUGACUGUAGAUAAACUUUUAGAAAGUAUCGGUGUCUUACUUAAAUCCUGUGUUUCCUAAUUUGUUCCAUGUACUACAGAUAAACAAACAAGGAAAGGAAAAGAUUUUCUCAGUAGCAUAACAUUCAUUUCUAGGACUUGAGUGUAAUUCAUUAAUGUUACCUUACAGUAGAAAACAUAUAAAAUAUAGUUAAUCACAUAUUUACACAACUAAGAACACAAUUCCUGUCCUGUAAGGUAAAUACCAUUUUCACAUACUCAUUUUAAUUCGGUAGUAAUUUGUCAGAGUUUUUUUUUUGUGAUAGAACUCUUUCAGAUUUGAUUGUGUAUAUACUGCAUUUAGUGGUGGAACACAAUUUUUAAAAAAAACAAACACAGUUUGUUUUGUGGGAUACUUAAUAACUCAGUAAAUCCAAUUUCCAAUGUCAGUCUGUAUUUCCAGAGUUUGUCAUUCCUGAGCCACAUCAAAGCAGAUCUGCCAAAUUUCUCCCCAUUUCUGUACAGUGCUGGAAAGUAUUUUAUGCUCUAGCUUUCAUCCCCUGUCAGAGGAGGUUACAUGUUUUCUAAGUAAAUGAAUAAGCUUAGGAGCCUGGAUGAGAUGUGUAAGAGCCUGCGAUUGCAAACAGCCACUUCCAGGCUUCAAAGGAAUCUAUACUGUCACCUUCCUUAAGGUAAACAUUUUGAUAACGAGCAUCAGCUUUCAUUUAGACUUGGGAUUCAUAUACAGUAAUACAAAUUAAUUAUAGUAUCAAAAGCAAGAAUAAUGGUCAGACACAAACAUUUUGUCCUACAUUCAGUUUAGCCCUGAUAGUAGCUUAAGAACCAAAUAACUUUCCUAGCAAAAAUAGAAUGUGUUGAAAUAGUUAUAUGCACUUUGAUCUCUCUGCAUCCUUUGUAACUUAAGUAUUUUAUUCCCCAAGUUCAGUGCUCCUGAAUGUUAUAUAUGCUUUUUUCAGUACCGUGGGCAUUAGCCUUAUCUGGGCCCAGAUGUUCUGCACUUUGAAAGGCUGCAUUGCCUAAUGUAGGAAGACGGUCUGGAUUGUGGAGAGGUACUCUUCCCAAGCCAGCUCUGCUUGGCACUUUAUGUUUAAAUGGUUUGCUCUCUGGCAGGAAAAAAUUAAAACUCUGUUCUCCCCUUAAUAUACCCUGCAUCAUGGUAUUUCAGUGAAGUACAUUUUAAAAUGUAAAACCGUAUUUACAAAUAUCAUGUGCUAUACAUUCACAAAAUAUAUUUGUAACCAUAACUAAAAAGGAGGCUCACCAGUUCAGGUGAAGUUGGUUUUCAAGAGAGAAAGAAACAUGGCAAAUAAAAGAUCAGGAUGUGAGAAGUUAUCCUCGUCAUCAACCAAGGUAAAGGAGACACUACUUUAUUUCCCAGCUGCUACUCUGAGUUGUCUAUAGAUUUUAGAACCCAAGAGGAUGUCUUGAAACAAGUUCCCUUUGAACCCCAUUUAAUCUCUUUUCUAUUUCAAUGAGAAGUCUAAAAGUUGCAGGAAGGGGAAUGGUAAGAAGCAUGCUUCUUUAUGCUUAGCUGAUUUUGAAGUGUGCCCCGGAAUAUCCCUCUUGGCAAGCACUGCUGAGAUCUUAGAGAGGAAACAUAAUGGGUGUGAGAUCUCACCAUGUAUUUGAAUUUUCACUCCCCACCAGACUUCCUGGUUUUAAUAUUUUUUUUUUUAACCUCAGAACCAGACAGAUGGAAAACUUCAAAGGUGAGCAGGGAGGCACAAUGCAUCCAUUCUACCUUGCAGGAUGCAUAGGAGAUACCCAGAGCUGGAAGCUUCUGAGGGCCCCUGGACAUCUUUGCAUUGCUGUCCAGUUUUUAAAUUGGCUGUGCUACUGAAAACAUUCACAUAUCUAAAAAGAAUGCUCUGAGUUACUAAGAGACCCUGUGUCAUGGUAUUUUCAGUGAAGUCCAUUUUAAAAUAUAAAACCGUAUUUACAAACAUCAUGUGCUAUACAUUCACAAAAUAUAUUUGUAACCAGAACUUUUUGAUGCGAUUAAAUGUAACUUCCAAGAGAGCUUUCAUAGUCCAUGGAGUUCAGGGGACUUGGAUAGUAGAUGUCAUUCCUUAAUAAAUUGUGUUGCAGUGACUUGCCUGUCUAGUUUCCACUCAAGAGCCUGUUAGAAAACAUUCCUUGGUCAAAAUCACUUUACAUUGUUAUUAAAUGCCUGAUCACUACCCCUAAGAAUAUAUAAAUAUCUAUGUGUAUACAUAUAUUUAUAGAGACAUUUAUUUGUAUGAUUCGCUUAUUGUUAUUUGCUGAGUGAGCUCCUUUGUGCUUUAAAAAAAAUAAAUGAGAUUAUGUGUUUACCUUA